GGAGGCCUCUCUACUCUCUAGUGAAGAAGGGCUUCUCUAUUUUGGGCAAGCAGGCAGCAAUAAUCUCCAUUUUUAUUCAUUGCCAAGGUAAGGAAUUGGAACCCAAAAAACCCGGAGACUUGACCCAACAAAUUAGCAAAGCGGGAACCCACCACCGAAUUCGCUGCUUGUGAUUUUUUUUUAAAUCAAACUUUGCAUCAAAAGGUCUCUCUAUUUUCUCUCUGUGCUCUUAACUGAAAGAAGAAGAAGAAGAAGAAGAAGAAAUGGGAAGAAAAGAGCGAGCAAAGGAAAGAAGAGAAAAAAGACUCCAAGAAAUAUCUCUUCUCCGUACCAUUCCUUACUCUGAUCAUCAAAGGUGGUGGUCAUCAGAAACUGUCGCUGUGGUGACUGGUGGGAACAGAGGAAUAGGGUUUGAGAUAGCGAGACAACUUGCAGACCAUGGAUUAACAGUUAUCCUGACAUCACGAGAAAGUAGCACUGGUCUUGAAGCUGCCAACGUCCUGAAAGAGUUGGGUUUUAGUGUGGACUUCCAUCAACUUGAUGUCCUAGAUUCUUUAUCCAUCAAGAAAUUUGCUGAGUGGAUAGAACAAACUUAUGGUAGAAUAGAUGUUUUGGUGAAUAAUGCUGGUGUUAAUUACAAUCUUGGGUCUGACAAUUCAGUUGAACAUGCCCAGAAUGUUGUUGCUACAAACUAUUAUGGUACCAAAAAUGUCACUCAAUCUCUGAUUCCUUUGAUGAGACCUUCUGCUGUAGGUGCUCGUAUUGUUAAUGUAAGUUCACGGCUUGGAAGACUAAAUGGCAGACGAAAUAGACUUGAAGACAAAGAUUUGAGAGAAAAACUGGCUAACCUGGAAACGCUUUCAGAGGAACUCAUUGAUAGGACGGUAUCUACUUUCCUACAACAAGUAGAAGAGGGCACUUAUACUUCAGGUGGGUGGCCUCAGAUGUUCACUGAUUACUCGGUGUCAAAACUUGCAGUUAAUGCUUUUACUAGGCUAAUGGCUAAGAUGCUGUCUGAUCGGCCUGAUGGUAUGAAGAUAUAUAUAAACUGCUACUGCCCGGGGUGGGUGAAGACAGCCAUGACAGGUUGGGCUGGUAAUAUAUCUGCCGAGGAUGGAGCUGACACUGGAGUAUGGCUUGCCCUGCUUCCAGACCAAGCAAUAACAGGAAAAUUUUUUGCCGAGAGACGCGAGGUAAACUUCUAAGGCAAUUUGAGUGAAAGAUGCUAUCAGGUUUGAUGACUGGUUACGCUCUUUUGAUCAACUGCUCAUGCAUUACAUCCAAAGGUUAGAGGUUAAAUCCAGUAUAGACUAGAGAGGGUGUCAUCAGCCUGCAUUUUCCACAGAGGGGUUGCCUUGUCGAUUCUACUUGAGAAUGAAAGCAAGCUUCUGUGCCAGUGGCAUGGAGAUGCAUGUACUUGGAUUGCCAACGUGCUUAAUCUCUAGAAAGAGCAUUUCAAGCACCAUCAAAUAUCCAAUUUCCCUUGAAAGACUUUCAUAUGUUUGAUGACAUCAUCCAGGCAAGUGAUUGGUCCUAAGAGAUAACCUAGUCGCCCAAGUUACUGUGAUUUUCAGCUGGUUAUACUUGAGUCUUCUCAUUCAGCUGUUACCUGGACUGAUUUAGUUCAAGCUUUGUGUUGAAUGUGCCUGGAAAAUCUUGAAUUGUUCUGGUAUUUAAAGAUAUUAACUCAGUACUUUCCAGGUGAUAAC